GAGACGAUUUUUGUUUUGAUUUGUUCCGGAUGGGUUUUCAAUUUUUUAUUUCAUCAGAAAAUAAUUAUCGGAUUUUUCAAUUUCAACCCAAUUUUAAUAAUAUAAAUCGUUGAAUAGAAGAACAAUUGCAUGAAAAAUUGAAAUUGGAAAAAAUUGAGCGAAAAACACGUUACCUAAACACCGUGAGAAAGCAGCGAAAACACCGAAGUAAUCCUGCAAAUUAAUGUGAAAUACCAGCAUUAUUCAUAAAACCUCACUUUCAAUCCAGCCAUCGUUUUAAGAUCAGACAAUAAAGUUGGUAAAAUGGCAGCAAUCACCGAAGAUGACUGGUUCAUUCCACCUGUGAAAUAUGAAUAUCUCGAUCACACAGCCGAUGUCCAACUUCAUGCAUGGGGUGAUAAUUUGCAAGAAGCUUUCGAACAAUGUGCCAACGCUAUGUUCGGUUACAUUACAACGAUAGAAUACGUAGAAAUGAAAGAUGUUUUCGAUAUUGAAGCCGAAGGACACGAUUUAGAUUCGUUGUUGUUUCACUUUUUGGACGAAUUUUUAUUCAAUUUCUGCGCCGAACCAUUCUUUAUUGCACGAAAAGUAAAAAUUAUAGAAUUCGAUAGAGAAAAUUUUCGUAUCAAGGCUCGAGGGUUUGGAGAAACUUUUCAAAUUGGUAAACAUCCUCAAGGAGCUGAUAUUAAAGCUAUUACGUAUUCGAAUAUGCAAAUUCAUGAAAACCAAGACAAAAGUGAGGUUUUUGUAAUCGUUGAUAUAUAAAAAAGCCUGAAAAAUUGUGUUCAUAUUUGUUUAUAAUAUUAUACUAUCUUUUUUUAUUA